AUGUUGACUCCAGCGCCUCUGCCUCAUGCACCCCCAACCGAGAUUAUUUCUCCGAUUACGUUCCUUGCGCACUGUCUCGUACAGUCGGGAACGGCGCCCAACUUCCAGUCCUUGGCUAUGACCCUCUUUCUUUGGCCGUGGGCAUACCGUCCCGUGACCAAGCCGACGAUAUUCGUCCAUGCGCUCGUGUACAUUCAACGUGCCGUGCAAUCAUCCAAGCUCGAUCCCUGUGCCGUCAAGGCCAUGUUUGUGGGUCUCCCGCAUAAUCAAAAAGGGAAAGGACGAGGGAAGGGAUGGAGCAAUCCAGAAGUGAUGUCGAUGUUGGACUGCAUCGAAUCGCACCUACGUCUUGGAACAAACCAAUGGGAUGCUGUGCAGGCGGAUUAUAAUUCGCGGAUUGAGCAAAACAACGGCUGGGUUGUACGCGACACGGAGAGUAUGCGUCGGAAGUUCAAGUCCCUCCGCAACUCCAAGAAACCAACCGGCGAUCCCGACUGUCCAGAGAACGUAAAAUGCACCAAACGAAUCAAUCGCGCCAUGGAGGCUCGGAUGUCCGUUCUCGAUAUGGGAUCUGGUGACGAAAACAAGGACAAUGAAAACAAUGUCAACAACGACAGCGACAGCAGCUCCGACCCUCUAUCAGCCCCGACACCGUUAGCGAACAGCGAGCAGACCAUGAGCCAAAAGGCCCAACGCCGUCGUCGAAUUGACGAAAUCCUGGCUGAUAGCGCGGAAAACGAAGCCAUCAAGGGUCGUUUGGUAUUUGAGCAGCGUGACGCGCGACAACACACGUUUGAAGUUCUAGCAGCCAGGCAAGAGCUACAACAAGCGAUGGAGCUAGAGUACCGCCAGUAUCAAAUGCAACUUGCUGCUGAACGUGAUGAGCGAGAAGCUAAACUCUGGAGCGACAAGAAGUAA